AACAAAGCUAUUUUUUUUUUUAAAAGGAGAUAGAAAAUACAAGUUAGAACAGACUCCUGACUCUUGGACGACCCUAAGAGAAAUUCAUGAAUUAUCUCCAUUCUCUUUCAAAGAACAUACGCUAAUCUCAGCCAGGUACUUAGGUUGUUGCAAUGGAACCAAAACCAUGCAUUGUUGUUCAUCACGGUGGAUGUUGGAAAUCAGUUCAUGGCGGUAUGGGAUACGAGGGUGGGUCUACCACAAUAUUCAAUGAUUUGGCCGAGGAUUUAGAUGCAUCAUAUCUUAGAAAAUUAGUAUCAAAUUUGGGGUACACUAAUCUAAGUAAGUUGCAUUAUUUGGAUCCUAGGAAAUCUAUUGUUGAUGGUAUUAGGUUCCUUGGAUAUGAUUAUGGGGGAGAACAAACUUUGCGGUCAACGACAAUAAUGAAUGACAAUGCUCAAUUACCAUCACAAUCAACACAAAAUAGUGUUACUUCCUCUAAUCAUAGCUUUAUUGCUCCAAACGGAAGAAAUUAUAUAUACUCUAAGGCAUUACAGGAUUUGGCUAACAAAAAUAGAGGCCACUACAACCGAGAUUGAUCAGAAGGUGCAAAAGAUUUUAAAGUCCAGGUAAAUUCAUUUCUCUACUUAUAAGCUAGACAAUACUACUUUGCUAAAUGUGUAAAAUGACUCAUCACUUUGGAGCUGGGAUUACCUGAUAUGGGAUUACUAGAGCAGCAUCUAUAUGGCUUCUGUUAUCUUGUCUCGUUUUUUUUUUUUUUUAAUUUUAAAAAAAAAGUAGCCUAUGUAAAUGCAUUCACAAGGUGCUCAAACUCUCAAAUUACCUUGUUGUCUAAUGCUUCGAUCUUUUUUUUUGGUAUAGUACUAUGUGUCUAUGCC